GUCGCCACGCCACACUGACAUUGCGAUAGUAACGCUGAUAACAAAUUUCUAGUAAAUCCUUUUUUGCUGACUGUUCGUGCCUAGUGUUUUAUAGACGAGAACUGUGUAUCGUGAAUACUUACUCGAGUUUAAGUGCAGUGCUGUGUUUUGUGAUUCUUGGAUAAUGACUAAGAUUUUUGUGUUGACUGUACCUAGUGGUCUUGCGUCGUGUUAAGGUAUAUCAUGCUGCUACUGUCAACAUCCAGUGCAGCAAUAUUACACAAGAAUCUCCGAUUCAAAUAAACCUGAUGUAUUUCGAAAAAUGACGCAUGCGGCCAAACGUAAGACGAAGACGUCCCGUGAAUGAUCAGGCGUUGGGCAGCGCGGCACACACACAGCGAUGCAAGAGAUAUGCAACACCGCUGCCUUGCCGCUCGACACUAACCCGCUGGUGCGCAAGAUAAAAUGCGAAGAGUUUCCCACGAUCAGAGGGAAGCAACACACGAGAGUUGGCAUGGGGGUGCGCGAUGAGAUGGAAGAGGACUUCGCCGUGAAGACGAGGAACACGCCGCCGAUGGGGCCGGCGCCGGGGCAGGACCACCCGCGCAUGGAGCAUGGUGGCAACGGCUUCUGGCUGGCGGCCGUCACCACCGCCGGCGCGCCGCACCCCAUGCUCGAGACAUGCACUGAGACUGGCUUCAUCAACAGCCAACCUUCCAUGGCUGAGUUCAUGACUGCCUUACCGCAACUAGGAGGAGGAGAACUCAGCCCGCAACAUACUCCCCCGGGCUACGCGCCCGACCUGCCCUCGCCUGGUGGCGGCCUCAACGUGCCCGAGUACCCUUGGAUGAAAGAGAAAAAAACUACGAGAAAGAGCAGUCAACAAGAGAAUGGAUUGCCGCGACGAUUGCGCACGGCUUACACGAACACACAGCUACUGGAGUUGGAGAAAGAGUUCCACUUCAACAAGUACCUGUGCCGACCCAGAAGAAUUGAGAUCGCAGCCUCAUUAGACCUUACUGAGAGACAGGUGAAGGUCUGGUUCCAAAACAGGCGUAUGAAGCACAAGAGACAGACGCUCAGCAAGACCGAAGAUGGCGACGAUAAGGAUUCCACUACUUCAGAAGGGGGAAAGAGCUCUAAGACAGGACUCGACAAAUUUUUAGACGAUGACGGACCGCUCUCUGGCAAGAAAAGUUGCCAGGGUUGCGAGUUACCACCCGGCGCUCUCUGUUCCCCGGCAGAGGAUCUGCCAGAGUUAGCGUCGCGCACACGGAAUAACAACACUCCAAGCGCUACCAACAACAACAGCUUUGCAAGUGACGGCGCCUCUAGCGUGGCCUCGUCCUCUUCUCUCGACAAACUUGCAGAAGACGACUCGCGAGACGGACAUCCUCCUAUCACAGUAAUGACAACAGCUCCAAGGAACUUAACCAAGAGGAUCAAACAAGAAUCAAGGAAGCGAUCACCGUCAUUGGAUGCCACGUGUAAGGUAUCGCCAUCGUCUUCUAAAGAUGGUCUUGGCCCAGUAGUUGGACUUGCAGAUAGCGGAAAAUUCUCAUCAGUAAAUCUGACACCGUCGUCAACGCCAGGUACUCCAUCGAGCAUGCACCCGAGUCCACUGGGCCACUAUCCCAGACCAUCGCCUCCGAAUGCCCCGCCAGGCCCACCGCACCCUCAAGCUGUGCCCAAUGCGAUGCCACCUUAUGUCAUCAGAGGUAACGCGCCACCCGGACAGUUCGUUCCGCACCCUGACUUCCGCAUGGACUCCAAACAAUUCAUUGGUAAACUAGCACAAUACCCGCAAGGUAACAGAGGCUACGAAGCUUACGGGACUGCAAUUCAGACUGCUGAACAACACGGAUAUGUGCGCAACCAGCAGCAUUCACGGCAAGAUGGAUCUCCUUCCACGAGAACAACUAAUGGUGUAGGAUCCCGGCAAACAUACCCGCAUGAGAUGUAUCAAAACUAUGGAUAUCCAGCAUACGGCAAAGAUCAAGUAGCAUACGGUCAUCCUGGAUAUGACCAGUCGCAGGGUUACACCGGAGAACACAUGGGUUAUGCAAAUAGUCACUACGGCUACCACUACCACGAAGGUGCGCAGCAUGACCAUGGGCAUAACUACUAUGCUACUGAGGGCCAGAAGGCCGCGCAUGGAGCUGACUACUCAAAGAACUACUAUGAUGGGAACGCUUACGCGCAGCAAGCAGCAGCCGGGUACGCAGCGGGGAGCGCGCAGGCCGGCGCGGCGGGCGCGGCGAGCGAGGCCUACAACGGCACCGAGUGCGCCGAGGGCUACGGCUCCUUCCAGCAGUUCUACGAGGCCACGCACGCCGCGCCUGCCGGAGACAACUCCAACUCCUCCUCGGACUUUCACUUCCUCAGCAAUCUCGCUAACGAUUUCGCACCUGAAUAUUACACCAUUUGAGAUAAGGACUUCGCCGAGCAGGCGAGUGAUCUGUUCGUGUAAGAUAAUUUAUAUGAUACUGUGUACGGGACGUUUAAAUAUAAGGGUUACGGUGUUGACACUCCAGUGUUCGCAAAAGGCGAUGAAGUAUAAGAUUGCUAUUCACGGCUAAUCCUAAUCCAAUUUAAGUUUGUUUUGUUAUAAUAGUUGCUAUGAUAAAUGAUAAUGUAAUAAAUUGUAAAUAAAUACUUAUCUCUUAAUAUUAUUGUAAUAGAUAAUUUAAAAUAAAUUUUUACUCUGAUGCGUACUACAGAAUAAAAAUAGAUAAUGAUGAAUUUGAUUAAAAAUAAAUAAAUGCCCAGUUGCGAAAAUACUUAUUCAUGAUCGGAGAUAUAUUUAAGAAAAGAAAAUUAACAGUUUAUCCAAUCUAAGAGCCAUUGUUUGAUACAUACUUGCGCGGAUUACCAAUAUAAAUACUGUUGAUAUAACAUAAUUAUGAAUAAAUUGUAAUUAAAUCUGGUAUCCAUGUAAAUUUCUACAAAAUAUUUAAAGUUUGUCUUGUAUCCAAACACCUUUUCACGUGUUCAUGAUAAGAGAUAAUGAAUAAAAAUCAUUUUACGACACUUAAUAAUAGAAAUUGUUUACAAACUUAAGGAAUAGUCGUUGCCUUAUUUAGUUAAUAUUGUUUUGUGACUAUAAGACAUAUUGUAGAUACAUUUUAAGAUAGUUUGUUAAGUCAUUAUUAUUGUAGAUAUCAUCAGCUCUAUCAUUUUGGCCUAUUAAAAGAAUAAAUCAUUUGGUG